CCCUCCCCGCCACCAAGCUCUCGACUGCAAACUCAGCCUCCCGAAACUAUUGUCGAAGGCGCAGACGGACGGAAGAAGAGGCACAGAAGCGAGUGCUGCCACUUGUUUCUUGGAAGAAUGUCAUUGAUGUCAGACAAGGAUAACGACAGAUGUAUGCAGACUGGUAACACUUUCUACAAUUGCUUACUAAAACUUAAUUCUUCCAUAAAUACCUUUAUUCAAUUACUCACCAAUUGUCUGGGAAGCCAAAUACCUUCUAUCAUUGUGAAUGAAAGUGGAACUGUUAAGGAUUAUUUUGAAGAAGUAGUAUGUUCUUUGAAGAAGGUCCAGGGUGAUAUUGAAUCAAAGGACAAAACCAAGGCUGAAUGUUCUCAAUUUUCCAAGUUAACAGCAACCAUGAGCUCUAUAUUAGAGAAAGACCCCUGUCUAAAAAAUGCUAAAAAGCUAUGUGAGUCAGCUAAAGAAAUUUCUGAGUGUGCCCCGAUGCCACUUGUUCUUAUGCUGAAAAACGUCAACUUCUUUGAGAGUAUGGAAUCUGCUCUUUCCCAACUGAUGAAGUCCUCAAUCAUGAACGUCCGACUGACUGACCUCUGCAAGAAAGAUCCCUGUGAACAACCAGGUCCUGCCCAAGCUUCACCGAGUUGCUGCAUAACUUCUACAAUAAAUUCACCUACAGACCUCCUAGAGAAGUUGAGCAAGCUGGUAGAUUGCCAAGCCUCCAUUAACCCCACGAUGCCACCUACAGAUAAUCUCCAAGAAAUUGUCAAGACUAUGGAGCCUGUUGCAGACAAACUACAACAAGUCGCUAAGGCUAUAGAAGCCAAUUUGGACUUAUUAAAAUUAACUAAGUAGCUCUACAAUUAGUAAGUAGUGGGACUGCAGAGGAGAUGUUUUACUUAGUAGAAGAGCAGUUCUCAUCCAGUGAUUUCUCACCAUAAAAAGCUAGGCAGCUCCUUUACUAUUGGACGAGAGGCACUGAGGUGCUAUGAUUUCAGGAAACCUAGACCUGUUAUUUAAUUAGAAGUAUGAAGCUAGGCAGCUGUCAAACAGCAGUUCAUUUACUUCUCUUCUUGCUUGUUUAAAACUCAAAUAAAUCCCCUUUGGAGUGGCAUCUGCUUAACAAAAUAUAAAAAUUUCCAAAGACCAACAUUAUUACUAUAUAUGACAACUUUCCUGAGCACUAAGUGGUUCUCUUAAUGCAAAACUAAAAUUUUUGGUAUUCCAACUUUCAGAUAGUUUAUAUUAUAAAUCCAUUUCCUGCAAAACCUGACAAAUCCAAGACUGUAUAAGUUUUAUCAUUGAACAAUGGAUAUUGGCUGAUACUAGCAAGCAACCCUUAGAGAUGAUGAGGCUUAGAGCAGUAAAAAAAUCCAACAAAAAAACCCUAUUUAGCUUUGUUGUCUACUGGAUCACACAUGCCAGUUCUUACAGUGCCUAAAAAGUGUCUUGCAAAUAGUAAGUGCACAAUAAAUGUUUGUUGAUUUGUUUUUCCAGAAAGAAGUGGCCCAAGUGAGUAUGUAGUGGUGGUUUUUGGGAAUUGGGCCAGUGUAGCUGUCUGUGAAUUUCAUCUCAAAAUAUAUAAUGGACCACCUCAUGAAGUCAUAAAUGACUCCUUGCCUAGAGGUUUUUAGACAAAAUUUGGGUGACUACUUGGUAAUGUAGUAGUAGAAGCAAUGUUCAGUUAUAAGUUGGACUAGAUAGCUCUUUGAGAUCCCUUCUGAUGAUCAGAUUCUAUGAUUUUAUGAUUUUUUUUGCCUUUUUCCUCACCCCCAAACUUUCGAGUUUAAGAACACUUGUCCCAACUUGUGGGCAGUAUAUUUUGUUACUUCUUAAAAAUAUAUGUAUUUUUAUCAAUGUGGGUGUUCUCUUCAUUUGUGUAGCUCAGAAAUCCUACAUAUCUUGUUAUGUGGCCAAAAAAUAAUCAUCACUUG